AAACCCAUAUUUGAUUUGAAGCCAAAGUUUUUGUUAAUUAAAGCUAUUUAUGAGAUAAGAAUUUAUGUGAAGAUUAUAUAAGAUUGUUGUUAAAGACAUUAAUACUAUAGUUGAAGACAAUCUCGUUUGAUGUGAUAAUCACUUAGUAAUUGGUGUUAAACUUAAGUGAUGUCUUCCAUAUGGGAGUCGUGUUGUCCACCGUUUGGCAGUAAAGUCGACGGCGCCGACAGUGAGUCGAGUAUAGCCGAACAGACCCGAAGGUCGAAGAAAAUCGACGAAAUGCUGGCAAAAGACAAACGACUCAUCAGAAAACAAGUAAAACUAUUACUUCUUGGCGCCGGAGAGUCAGGAAAGUCAACAUUUCUGAAGCAAAUGAAGAUAAUUCACGGCCAGAGUUUGAUUGACGACACGAAUACUGUUGAAGAAUAUAAAGAAGUGAUUUAUUCUAAUAUUAUUAAAGGUAUGAAAGUGUUGAUUGACGCCCGUCUCAAACUAGACAUCGAUUGGGGCCGAGAGGCCAACGCCACUCACGCCGACUAUGUGUUCGCUUUUGAUAACAGACUUAACAUAACUGAUCACAUCUUUAGACAAUACGCUGACACUAUUCGUCAGCUUUGGACCGAUGAAGGCAUUCGUCAUGCAUUUGACAGAAGAAUUGAAUUUCAAUUAAGUGACGGCGUUCGCUACCUCUUCGACAACAUUGAACGUAUCGGUACUGAGGGUUAUGUGCCAACAAAUAGUGAUAUAUUACACUCUCGAAAGGCCACUAAAGGAAUCACUGAAUACUGUGUGACCAUCAAUAAGAUACCGUUCCGUUUUGUCGACGUUGGCGGCCAACGAUCGCAACGACAGAAAUGGUUUCAAUGUUUCGAAUCAGUGACGAGUAUAUUGUUUAUUGUGUCUUCAUCUGAAUACGAUCAGGUGCUGCUCGAAGACAGACAGAAGAACCGACUCCAAGAGUCGCAAAAUAUAUUCGACACAAUUGUCAACAAUCGGUGUUUCUCUGAAGUGUCUUAUAUUCUGUUUCUUAAUAAAACCGAUUUAUUAGAAGAAAAGCUCAAAUUAGUGAAACUGUUGAUACAAAACACAGAUAACCGGUCAUCACGACGACACCGGUGCGAAUCAGUCAACGGUGCGAAUAGCAAUACAAACUCAAUGAAUAUGGAAUUACUUCAUGAAAACCAAAAUAAACUAAUGAAUUCAAAUAAUUAUAAUUGUGUGACAAACCAAGCGAUCGACUAUUACUUUUCCGACUUCACUGGUGAUCCCACCGAUCUGUUAACUGUUCAGUCAUUUAUUUUGCAUUUGUUUGAAUGCGUCCGACGCGACAAACGAAAGCAAAUGUAUCAUCACUUCACUACUGCCGUCGACACAGAAAACAUUAAAUAUGUCUUCAAUGCCGUCAGGAAUACAAUACUUCAAAAUAAUAUCAAACAACUUAUGUUACAAUAGUUGUCCUCAUUUUGUUGUCUUUCAUUUAUUGUCAACAUUGCCUGCAAAUGUUUUACAUAAUUUA